AGAUCGGUUCAACCAGUGGGGAUGUGGGAGAAUCUGAGUGUUUGAAGUGGUUAGAUAAGCAGCCGAAAGGGUCAGUGCUGUUUGUCUCUUUUGGUAGUGGUGGGACUUUGUCUCGUGCUCAAUUAACUGAAUUGUCCUUGGGUUUGGAAAUGAGUGGCCGAAGAUUUCUUUGGGUUGUUAGGAGCCCACACGAUGAGGCUACCAAUGCCACAUACUUUGGCAACCAAAGUGCUGAUGACCCUUUAGCCUUUUUGCCAGAAGGGUUCUUGGACAGGACCAAAGGGGUUGGUCUCGUGGUGCCUUCUUGGGCUCCUCAGAUUCAAGUCUUAAGCCAUAGUUCAACUGGAGGGUUCUUGACUCAUUGCGGGUGGAACUCAAUCUUGGAAAGUAUAGCCAACGGUGUGCCCUUAAUUGCAUGGCCGCUCUAUGCAGAACAAAAAAUGAAUUCAGUAUUGCUAGCAGAUGGUUUGAAGGUUGCAUUGAGGGUGAAAGUGAAUGAGAAUGGGCUGGUGAUGAAAGAAGAUAUUGCAAAUUAUGCAAGGAGCAUUUUUGAAGGAGAAGAAGGGAAAUCGAUAAAGAGCAAGAUGAAUGAACUAAAAAGUGCUGCCACAAGGGCUUUGAGCGAAGAUGGGUCAUCUACAAAGUCGCUAGCAGAGGUGGCCAGAAUCUGGAAGGACCAUAAAAAGUAAAAGCUAUGCAACCAGUCAUUUGCCCUGAGAUUUCCAGUUGCAAAAACUAGAGGCGUAAUCAAGUGCUCAAGUAUUAAAUCCUGUCAACGUGCUUUGCAUUUGCCAUGUUCCUCGAGGAGAUUUGGGGCAGUUCAUAAUUAUGACAAGCACUAUGUUGGUUUGGGGAUCUCUACGAUUGUCAUCCUAAAUUAUAUGUUUUUUGUCUAAAUAUUCCUCUGAACUUCUGGUUUUGUUUUUAACUUUAGUCUCUUGACCUUUCAUCUAUUUGAUUAAGGUCUUUGAUAAUUUAAGGGUGUAAUUGAAAAAAACUUAAUGAAUCUCGAGAGGAUAUUGCAAAC